AUGAGAGCCAAUCGGAAGGCCUUCAAACUCAGAAAAAAGGAGAGAGACCUCGAACGGAUCAAGACCUUGUUGGCAGAGGGAGUUUACACGAACAAACGUUUCAUGAAACAAAGUGUAGCAAAUAAAGUUGCCACUGCCUUCGAGAACGGAAUCAAGAUAUGCAUUGAUUGCGCAUUCGAGUACUGCAUGACCGUGAAGGAGUGCAACAAAUUAUCGCAGCAGGUUUGCCGUGCCUAUGGAGCCAACCGAAGGCACGCUUGCCCUGUCAGUUUGCACUUAGUUAAUUUUUCACCUUCUGGGGUGCUUGCGAAUAUUUGCAGAGCAAAGUGUGACGGUUUCGACAAGUACCAACUUGGGAGGCACACGGAACCUGCGGGUAAAGUAUUCGGUGAUUACAAAGAAAUCAUUUAUCUUUCGCCUGAUGCCCAGGAUCCGCUCCUUUCCCUAUCCGAAGACACAGUAUACGUGAUCGGAGGUAUGGUAGACGAGCAUCUGAUGAAGGGCAGAAGCCUUAAAGAGGCGGAAGAACAAAAGUGCAGAGCUGUGCGACUACCAAUACAUACUUCUGAUCCACUCCUCAAAUAUGGCAGCAGUCAUCCACGCGGAUUGAUCUGAUCUCCAGAGGACUAAACGAUUUUCAGGAUUUCGGUUUUUGAAGCACGGGGUCUAGCUGAUUUAGCAAUGACCACGGGUCUUUGCUUCUCCCCGCACUUGAGCUAGCGCACAACAGAACUGUGAAACGUGCUUUGGAAUGUUUUCAACUCUUACAGUUGUCAUCUAGUAUAACAAAGCAUCUGUUACGCAUUUCCUUGGAAAUGAGACUGCAAUCGUCAGCGUUAAAAAUGCCAUCAUUGUUUGGUUGACCAUGUGAAUCCUGUGUGUUGAUUUGGCUCUCCUUUGGCACAUCAAUGCACUGGAUUCCCUGUUGGAUCAACGAGGUUUUCGAAGGUGGAACAUUCACGGUCCCACUUGAACUUAAAAAAUUUUGGUGGUCUUGAACAAAGUCUUCAGACCCUCUAUUGAAUUCAACACACAAAACUCUGGGAAAUUUUAUGUCGGACUUUAAAUAUCUCUAGCCAGCCACUGGAUGCCUGGAAAUCUGUAGCUCCAAAUUUUUGUGAGAACCUUUUAGCCAUUUCUUGAAUCAUCGGCUUAAAAAUUCGAGUGUUAGCUGCGCUCAUUUGCUUGAACCACCGCAGCGUUGCCUCAUUGACUUGAUCAUGUGAAGUUUUCCUCCUCUUACGCUGUGGAUCUCCUCCUUCAUUAUCCGUAUCUCUCCAAGUACUCGUGUUUAUGUCUUGCUGACAGCAAAACGCUCUACCACUUUUCUUUGGCUCUGCUUUCCAGAAAAUGUAGCAAACUAAUUUUACCUUCAAGGUCAUCCCAGAAGUCUUUUCUUUGGGCCAUGAUGUUGAAUUACUCGAUCCUAAAUUGUUCAGAGCACGGAGUGGAUCUAAGGUCUAUAGUU